AUGGAUGCCAAACAACAACAAAUUGGCAAGGAAUUGAAGGUUGUCAACGCCCAACAACGAACUGGCAACAAAUUGAAGACCGGUGGACAAUCAAUUGCAGAAGAUGGCAAUGUUGACACAGCCGUCGAAAGAGACACUGCUGUUGUUUGGGAACAAGCAAAUGGGACUCUGUUGGAUGAUGACGCCCGUCAGCAACAAAGCUGCGAGAAACCCCCAAUUGCAAGUGAUAAAGAUGGCGUCACUAUCCCAAAGAAAGGCGUUGACGGUGCCAUGGAACAAAAGCAAAGUGUAGAUGAUGAUGACCGCUCCAACGAUACUAGCAUUUCUAAUUUAAAUUCAGACACCAAGGACAAUAGUUCUUUAAUGCUUUUAGACGACAAAGUGUCUAAAAUUUGGAUAGAUUGUUCCCAAGACAAAGAGUCUAUACCCCUACCCAUACAACAGGACGAUAUGAAGCAAUCACCAGACUUCAAUCAGUCACAAUCAACCGUCUCAAUCAGUUGGAAUCAAAGCACUCUACCAACGUUGGCAGAAGUAUUGAAAAGAUCCGUCCAACAGCCAGAGCAGAAUUUUGGAUUGGAGGCCAUGUGCUUUCUUCGCAACAUUGCCGACAGGUGGUUCCAAUUGCCACCCUCUGCGGUUCUUGACAACCAUAUCUCUUCAUGGAAACUUCAGAAGAAUGCUAGGGCAUGCUUUGGCUAUUUGUUCACACUUGUGCAGCAGAAAGACUUGGAAAACCGUAUCAAGACCAUGCAUGAGGAUAUGGUUGACCUGCGAAAAAAAUGGCAGACUACGGCUCAGGAAUACCACCGUGAAGCCAUGUUCUUUGACAUCAAGGUGGAGAAAACAUUUGUCCAGAAAUCAUGGGACCAACUUGAAUGCAUCUAUCUACUGUGA